AUGUGUGUAUGUGUACGAGCACGCGUUGCUCAACGCAGCGAGGCCGCGUGGCGCGACCUCCGCGCCUGCGCCGGCCGUCGUUGGGCAACCGUGGACUUGCCCCUACCCCUGCCGCCUGCCGGACGAGAUGCCGUCGACGAAUGCAAUAUAUCGCCAACGCGAGAGAGAGGGAUAGCUGAUGCUCAUGGCUCGCUUACACAGAGUGGCACUACGUGGCGGCGCCGGGCGCUGAACUCCGGGAGCCCAUCGUCGUGGCGCCAGUCCCGCUCGUCAGCGGCGAGCCCGAACCAGCGCCGCUCGCGCCAGGCUACGGACGACAUCCCGGAGUUCGACCGCAACAAGGUCAGCCUGGACCUUCCGGGGAAUUUGUUUGGGCCGUCCGUGUCCCUCCUCAUCCGUACAACUAAAAUCAUCGGGGAUGUUAUACAGAACUCUGCUGUGCGUUACCAAACUUUCCUGCGGCUGUUUCGACCACUCUUCCGAGGCCAGUUUGAAAUUAAAGGCCUGGAUCCGCCUACCACCACCACCACCACAACCACUACACGACGCCCCACCACCACUACCGCCAGCUCAAGAGACGCACGAACCGCCGACAACGAAGUGAGGCGUCGCUAA